AUGGGACGCCGUGCUAAGAACAAGCAAGCAGCGCCUUUACCUUUAAGGGAGAACUCCGAUGUCAAUGAGAGGAAGCACAAGAGUAGUCUUGGUAAAGCGAAUGGCACAGUGCGCAAGGCUGGCAAACCGCUUCCACAAAAGAUGCUUGCGGGCAAGCCGAAAGCUGCGGCUCCAGGAAAGAAGGCCGCGCCCAAGCGAGUAGCUGAGGAGGAGCCUGAACUGGUUGAAGAGGAUGCGAGUUUCUCUUUCGAUGAGUACGAGGAAGACGAAGAAGCGAUGGAUCUUCCGGAUGAUGAGUACGACGAAGAUGACAGCGCAGAAGACGUCUCUGAACACGGGGAGAUUGAGGACGAUGUUCAAGAAGCGCCUACAGAAGACUCGAUGGCGGGGAUAUUUGCGUCGCUUGGGCUUCCGCGCGACGGAAAAAAACUGACUGAGCGCCAAAAGAAAAAGGUGCUCGCAGAGGCAGAGCGUCUGGAAGAGCUGCUGAAGAGCUCUGGCCACCAAGUCAAAAAUAAUGGGGAUGGUGACGAAAAAAAAUCUGAUGAGGAUGAGGACGAGGACGAUGGUGCCGAUGACCUUGAGAAUGAGAACAGUGACUUGCCGUCAGAUGAAUACGACGAGGAAGCGUCCGAUACCGACGACGGCGAUAUGUCUGCAGAUGAGCAGUCCGGCUUUCUUCUUCCUACUCUCGAAGAAGAGGAAGAAGAAGAACGAGCCCCGCUAGACCUCCAACUUAUCCAAAUGCGCAUCCGCGAGGUAGUUGGUAUUCUGGGUGACAUGGCCCGACUUGGAGAGCCAGGACGUUCGCGUGCCGACUACUUUGACCGCCUUACAAAAGAUGUGCAAAAAUACUAUGGCUACAAUGAGUACCUUGCCACCAUGUUCCUAGAGCUCUUCCCUCCAGACGAGGCGAUUGAAUUUUUCGAAGCAAACGAAGUGCCUCGUCCUGUAACUAUCCGAGUCAAUACACUUCGCACGCAUCGCCGCGAUCUUGCGCAAAAGCUGAUCAACAAAGGCGUGAGUCUUGAGCCAGUGGGGCCCUGGUCAAAAGUCGGCCUUCAAAUUUUCGAGAGCCCAGUCCCCAUCGGCGCGACUCCAGAAUACCUGGUCGGCGACUACAUGCUUCAGGCAGUCUCCUCUUUCUUGCCGUGUGUUUCAUUGGCGCCGCAGCCCAACGAGCGCAUUUUGGACAUGGCAAGUGCACCUGGUGGCAAAGUCACCUACCUCUCUGCAUUGAUGCAAAACACAGGCUGUAUCUUUGCCAACGACAGCAGCAAGGCACGCAUCAAAAGUCUUACGGCGAAUAUAUCUCGUAUGGGCUGUCGUAAUAUUGUGGUAUGCAACUACGACGGGCGUCAGUUUCCCAAGGUCAUCGGCGGCUUUGACCGCGUUAUGCUCGACUCGCCAUGCUCCGGCACCGGCGUCAUUAGCAAAGACCCGAGCGUGAAAAGCAGCAAGUCUAAGCGCGAUUUUAUUCUGCUCACCCAGCUACAAAAACAGCUCAUUUUGUGUGCAAUCGACAGUGUGAACCCCAAAUCCGAAACGGGGGGCUACGUUGUGUACAGUACAUGCUCAGUGAUGGUGGAUGAGAACGAGGAUGUGAUAGAAUAUGCGCUGCACAAACGUCCCAAUGUGCGAAUUGUUCCCACCGGCAUCGACUUUGGCCGCGACGGCUUCAAGUCGUUCCGCGGCAGGAAAUUCAACGAAAAAAUGAGUUUGUCACGGCGCGUUUUUCCCCAUGCUCACAAUUUGGACGGCUUUUUUGUGUGCAAGCUCAAGGUGGAGCCCAUCAACAAGAGCGCUGUACGCCGCGAAGAACCGCAAAACUUUGUCCAAGAAGCACAAGCGCGCAAUUCAUCCGCGUCGCUCUUUGAUGCAGAAGAGGACGAAGCAAUUAUUCAGCGCGCGCGCGAGCGAGGCAUAAAGAAGCGAAAGCUAUAG